GUCGUGCUCUGGAAAGUUCGUGUUUUGUUCUGUCAUUAUAAGGUUACCAGCUGGAGCCCACCUGGUUCGACUCGCCCUACAUGAGCGGCGGAGCAGGAUAUGUGUUCAGCCGAGCCGGGCUCAAGCGCCUCGUUGAAAAGGGAUUCCAGAAAAAGGGCGCUUGUCAGGAAAAGGGAAGCUUCGAGGAUUUAGAGGUCGGCAGAUGCGCAAUGAAAGCCGGUGUCAACAUACAUAGCUCUCUCGACAGAUUCGAACUGGAAAGUUUCCACCCGGAUAAUAUAAACGACUACAUUCUUGGGCCUCCACCGCAGUGGCUUUAUUAUUAUUCUAGGAAUAAACCAAAAGGGGGUUCCGAGUGCUGCAGUCAACUCAGUGUCACGUGGCACAGGAUGGAGACUCGUGACAUGCUCGUGUUUGACCACCUGCUCUACAAGACGCACGUGUACGGGCGCAACAUGGCGGCCUCCUACAUCAACUUCUACUCGUACAGCAAAGUCAAGAAAUUACCGAACGGAGUUCCCACCAUGACAAACGUGUAGCAUUAGAAAAUUAGCAUAUGUUCUCUUUUUGUAGGGAGCAUUCUCAGUAUCGUUCCUAAACCAUGAUUACCUCGAAAAUUACAUAGCAACUGAUAUUGUGCCGUUAUAUGGAGCACCCAUAAAUCGUUUUGUUAACCAUUAAAAUUACGUGUAUAUGUGUAUAUGUUCAAUCUUUAAUCUUUGGCAUGGAUGCAUUAAAUUAUUCAAUUUGAUAGGAUGUUUUGAAUUUAUAGUUAAG